CUCUGAUUGAAUAUGUGCACUGGAUCAGUUAUUGAUCAGGUACCUAUCACUCGGAGCCUCGCGGAUUUUCUGAUGCGCACUUUCUGUCUCGGUCACUUCCGGUCUGAUCAGCUGUUUGCCGUAAAGCAGCUGUCGCGCUGCCACUAGCGGUUAGCAUACAGGCUAACAGGCUUUUCUUUAGCUCCGGUGACCCAAGUCAGAGUCCUGAUCCUCGCCAACGGGUCGGAACCGUCCCGGGAGCGGCUCUAACGGCGUCAGCAUCACAGCUGAGCGGGAAAGACUCAAAGGCAGAGCUCACCUGCGAGCACGCGGACCCAGAACCGGGCAUCGGACCGGACCAAACAGACCGGACCAGCACGGACCGGACCACGGACCAACGAAAACCACACAAGGAUCAGGAAACUCCCCGGAGUCACAGCCCGGUGCUGCUCCGCUGCUUCUUCUUCUUUGUGAGCGGCUCACACAAACGUCGAUUUGUGGCUCUACCGCCGCCACGCGGCGCGGAGUGUGACCGGAGUCAGACUCGGGCUCAGGCUCUGAGCUCUUAAAUGGUUAAUUAAACCAGUUUAUUUCUAAGUGAACAGAUUCAGGUUUGACUGCUUGCAUGGCCGGUGGGGGCAGACCGAUCCCUGCAGCCACGUCGUUCCCACUGACAGAACGACAAGUAAAAAUCUCAUUAAUCUGUAGGAUGUAGGUCCUUUUAACCUGAUUAGCAUAUUUCAGUAAAAUGCUGCUUUCAUCAGCCUGUUGUAAACUGUAGGAUCACAGUGGAGUCUGCACACUGUAACACACCAUCAAAGGAUUCAUGAACUGCGGACAGCGUCUUCACAUGCACAGGUUCACUCUGCUGUGUGGGUGUUGUGUGACCCCCCAGGUCAGAGCCGUGCACAGAGCUGCAGCCUCGUCUGUCACUCACCUCCUGAAAUAGAAACCUGCAGCCCGACACCGCCCCGCUCUCUCUGUUUAUCUCUGGCUCUCCCUGCAGCCUGUCAGCAACACUCCCACAGGUGCUGUGGGUCGCCCACACUGAGCUGGUGUUCACAUCAAACUCACCCGCUGCUCCAAAACUUUCUCUCAGCCACAUUUCUGAGUCUGAAAACUUUAAAAAUUUCAUUUAAUUGGAUUUAAACUCAGAGCCUGAACACUCCUCCUGGACCAGGAACACACCCUUCGGCUUUAACCCGAGCCAGGACCAGGACCAGGACCAGAACCAGGACCAGGACCAGAACCAGGACCAGGACCAGGCUCUCCCGGAGAAGUCCGAACUAAGAUCGACCUUGAAUGUCUGACAGCAGGACAUGAUCCUGAUUCUGGUCCCAGUCCCGUCGGUAGUUUAACGCUGAGCUGAUUCCAGAGACACAAUCAUGAGUGGCCACGAGGACACAGCAAGAGGAGAAAGUGGGCGGGGCAUCUUCCUCAGCGCUCACCGCUGCCCUGAAGUCGACGUGCUGCCUCGUCAACCUGCUGAGGCACAAAUCCUUCCACGCUGUUCUCUAGUUCCUGCAGAGAAGAGCUCUGAGUUCACCUGCACAGGUGAGAGCGAGCCGGAUUACCUGGACUUCUGCUCCACCCAUCGCUCCGAGGCAGAUGAGGAAGACGAGGGGAGUGUCAGCGACUGGUCGGAGGAAGAUCUCUCACUCCACUUCUCUCCCUCUGUCCUCAUCCAAUCAGACGAUGAAACGUCUGAUCCGGAGAGUGGCUUUGAGUGUGUCGACAUCACCAUGGAGACACAGGUGAAAGGUCAGGAUGCGGAGGGGCUAAAGAUGGUGCCUAAACGGCAGAUUCACCUGAAGAAGAAGAAGGACGGCGAGGACGGCGCUGAACAGGUGAUACUGAAGGAUGCUCCUGCUGAGGGCAGAGGAAUGAACAAUCAUACGUCAGCUAAUGAGCUGCUGUGUCCCACGACUCGAUCACGGCCUGAACUGUUACUACGGCAACACAGUAUGCCCACCUCCUUUCACGCCACCUCAAAUACUAGCAGUGAUGCUGAGAGCUACAGGGUCUACAAGGGCCUGAUUGCAGGGGCUGGCCAAGGGCUCCUGAUUGGAGGAAACUCUCAGCGUCUCCAGAAGUCGUUCUCUCUGGAUGAAACCAAAACAAAGAUGGCAUCCUGCCUCAUUAAGAACGUGCUGUCGAAAAAGAUGCAGGUGGAACAGAAAAACCUGAAGAAGAACGCGGAGGUGUCACCUGUCCUGCCUCUGGAGCAUCAGGCAGGAGGAGGCGGGGUCAGAGCUCCGGUUCACGUGGUGAGAGACGUGAGGAGUUUAGUUAAACACUCGUACGGCCGCUCGUUCACCACAUCAGCCGCGUCUCGUGACAACAAGUCAACAAGCUGCAAAGCAGUUGGCCAAGAGGAUAGCCCUACGCCCGCUUACCAGCAGGCUGUGGGGGUCAAAGGUCACUUCUCCAAGGUUGCUGUGUCUUUCAGCCAAUCACAAGACAAGAAGCAAAGUAAAUCAUCCAGACAGCCGAUGACACAGCAGAGACGAGGAAGCGAGCCAAUUAUCAGCCAAGGUUUAGACCACUUAGACCCUCCCACUUUGAAGCCCAACCCAUCAGCGAGAGCUGUGACUCCGCCUUCCCACCAGGGCACCUGGCCGCUGCUCGGUGCCCAGGAACAGAGCUCCAUCCUGGGUGUGUCCUCCUCCCAGCACCUCCUGCAGAUCCCCUUCCCCAGCAGCCUGCACCCUCACCUGGGGACGGCUGGCUAUGUCCACACCCCUUUGAGCUACAUCCAGCAGUCCACACCUGGUGCAAGCAUCCACCUGCCCUGUAGAUUGUUUUUAUGCAAUGGCACAAUUUUUAAUGGGACAGCCAAUGCUGAAGCUCGCCUGAAGCUCACCUGA